AUGAGCUCGUCGCCGAAAGACACAAAGAUGGAUCUGCAGAUGUACUGGCACAUCGACUACUGGGACGUUCCACUCAAUGGGGUCGCCAUGUACAAGAGCCGACCCGUCUACUUUGUAGAGGUGGAACCAGAAGCGGAGGAGCUCACCAUUGACGACCCCGAGCACGAACCGCCGGUGGCGCCGCCGACCUACGCCCUCCACGCCCUCACCGACGCCCAGUACCACGAGCUCGAGACACGCCACGAAGAGUUCGGCCGGAUGGUGGGCUGGUACACAGACCAUCGGCCCGACAUGUACGGGCCGUGGGUGGACACCGAGGCCGGCCGCGAGUGGUACGACAACGAAGCCGCGCGGCCGCUCAGCUUCGAUCCCCUCCGGGACUGUCCGAUGGUCGCCACCGUCCCGUCGUAUGCUUUCGAGUGGUUCUUUGUGCCUCGCCUCUGA